GCUUGUAAACGAUCAUUAACGAACUGCGCUUUUAUCUUUCCCUUUUUUUUUUCUUCUCCAGACUCGAACUUUCAAUCCUGUUAUUCUCUUUCACGACCAUGAGUUUGCGACCGAUGGAUCCGGGCACACGAAGCACAUUCACAUCUCCUACCCUGAUCCGUCAUAUGAGCCUUACAUCAAAUCGCACAAAGAACGUAUCGAACAAAUGCUUGUAGAUAAUGGUAGAUUCUGGUCCAGCUUUACCGAUCGGCAUGGUAGAGAUGACGAUGCUGCCGAUAGUUCACCGAUAUCUUCGUCAACAUCAUCGCCGACCCCUCCACUUGUGCCGUGCGAUCUUCCUUCGCCACCUGACUCUUCCUCAUCACCUCCGCCGACCAGAACCAGCCAUUUUGACCGUUACAGUGAACAGCAAAAUGUUUUCUUAGCCAAACCGUAUCAUCAGAGCAAACGAAAGCGAGGUAAUCUGCCAAAAGCUACCACGGCUGUUUUGCGAGCCUGGCUACUGAAACACAAGAUGCACCCUUACCCAACGGAAGAUCAGAAACAGGAGCUUGCCCUGGCCACUAAUUUGACAGUUCACCAAAUUAGCAAUUGGUUCAUCAACGCGCGAAGACGGAUUUUGCAACCCAUGCUGGAUAAGGAUCAGAAUCCUGAAUUGGAUAUCUAUCCUUACGAGUGUAGUUCAGAUGAAAAUCUCAAACGUUCGCGGUGUUAGUUGAUCCCUGAAGAAGCAUAGCUGGAUCUUCUUUGCCUUUCGUAACAGGUCGUUUCCCAAACCCUUCUCUUUAGUAUGUUCUUACUCUUUUUCUUUCCUUUUCCAUUGCUUUUUCUCCCCUUCCCCAUUUCAAUAUCUAUCCCUC